AUAUCGUCGGCCUGAUAGAGUCCACGUCUCUCUGUGCUGUGCUGUGUGUGUUACGUGAAUGAGAUGUGAGUGCUCUGUGCUAAAUACUGUGAUCUGUGUGUUUUGAAACUAAGAGGUGUACUGUGUGUGAUGUGUGUGUCAGCGCGGCGUUAGUCGGGCGAGCGAUGCCGCGCGAGCGCGCCGCCGCGGCGCACUGUCUGCUGGUAGCCCUGUGCUUCGUAUCAUACGGUGCUUGUGACGUGGCUGGUGGCGCGGGCUCGGUGAACGCUCUUCCUGGAGGGACAGGCUCCCGUGCGGCGCCCUCCUUUGACGCUGCAACCCCCCGGAACGUGACCGCUCUCGUCGGCAAGUCCGCCUACCUCAGCUGCAGGGUUAGAAACCUCGGCAACAGAACGGUGUCAUGGAUCCGUCAUCGGGACCUGCACAUAUUGACGGUGGGCGGGUACACGUAUACCUCCGACCAGCGAUUCCAGGCGUCCCACUCCCCACAAACCGACGACUGGACUCUCCAAGUCAAGUGGGCUCAGCAACGAGACGCCGGGGUUUACGAGUGCCAGGUGUCGACUCAGCCCGUACGAUCUUUCUUCGUUACUUUACACGUUGUCGAUUGUGACGAGAUAUACCAGCGGAUGUAUUCUGACGGAGUGCCAUCGGCUCGGAUCCUGGGAGGGCCCGAUCUUCACGUAGACAUCGGCUCUACUAUAAACCUCACCUGUCUCAUUCAGUUCAGCCCUGAACCUCCCGCCUACAUCUUCUGGUACCACGAGGACGAGGUGAGCGGACGAAAACAGGUGAUAUCGUAUGACUCCUCCCGGGGCGGCGUGUCGGUGGUGACGGAGAAGGGCGCGGCCACCACGUCCUACCUGCUGGUCCAGGACGCCACACCCGCAGACUCCGGGCGCUACUCGUGUGCACCCUCCAACGCAGAGCUCGCUUCCGUGAGAGUUCAUGUACUUAACGGCGAGCGUCCAGCAGCCAUGCAGACGGGUUCAGCGGGUCUGUCAGACUCCUGGGUCUGUGUGGUCACGUUACUGGCAGCCGUCGCCCUGCACACAGCUGUACUGCACACACAGCUCACCAGCUGAUGUGCGUCUCGCACAGACUCGCAGUGCACAGUGAUACCUGCCCGUUGACCGCACCCAGCGCCCCGCCGCCUCACCAGGCUCAAAACACCACGGUCACUUAAACUUCGUCUGACGGAAACUCAGUUUUCGGCGAGCGACUUGAAUAUUAUAAUUCAGUAUGUUAGAAAUAUUAUUGUAAGGUUAUUAUGGGCAAGAGAGUUCUUGGAUCGCUGUGUUCAUUAAUUGCCACGAUGCUGUGACUCGCUCUUGGUCGCUCGCUCGAUGGUCCCGCCAAAAGGAGGAGAUAUCUGAUAUUGACAUAGAAUAUGCCAAAUAUAAGAUAAGUGAAAGAAGGUAUGCAUUUCUUCUUCGGAUACUAUUCAAGAAUGUUUAUUAAAGGUAAUCAGUAUACUGUCUUGUCGGUAAACUCGCGCUAGCGGGGGCGGAUGUCAUCGGAGCAGAGAGACACUGCUUCCGAUUUGUUCACAUAUUUUGUAUAUUAUAAAAUGGCCGUCGUCACCGUCAUCACCGUCUUCACUGUCAUCUCCUUCAUCAUCGUCAUCACAUUCAUCACAUUCACCUUCGUCAGCCGGUUCAGUAAUCGGCGGUGACGUUGUAAAUACAACUUUGUUAUAAGGCCGAAUUUGUAUUUGUAAUUAUUAUGUAAAUGUUAAGUACUAGGCACUUUCUUCAACAGAUUAAAUCCUCAAAUAAAACAAAGUUUUAAUUAAAUACGUCGCAAGUGAUUAGAUGUAAACGUUGUUCGGUGAGGACGAUCUGUUUGUUUAUUGAAUUGAAACCCUUAAUACGCGAUUAGACGAAUAACGAAACAAGAAAAAUAUUUGUAUGUUUAUAACUUAGAAGAAAGUAAACGGUUACUCGUGUUUAUGUAAUUAUAUUGAUAAUUCAUUUAUAUAUAUGAAAAAUGUUGAUGUUACGAUUCCGAUCGAUCGUCGCCGAUGGAGGCUCGCUCGCGGCCUCGUUCCAACGUCUCUUGCAUAUUGUAGGACCGUUUAUGACUAAACAAACAGUGUUGAGACCACAUUUUUGUGUAAUUUAAGUAAUUGUUAUAACUGAUGACAUUACAUAUUUACGAUUUAUGAAUAGUUUUUAAUAAUUCGUCUGAUUGAAUUUUGAAAUGUGUUACGAUCAUUAGCGAUGAGAUAGUGCGUCAGUCGCAAUUUUAAUUUAACAGUAAAAAACAAUACAAUGGAAUUAUUCAAAUAACAAUAUCACCAUGUUUAAUUAAUAAGCCAUCUAUUCGCAAAUUCGGAAUGUGAAAUGUCCGCAAAUUGUAAUCUAUUUAUAAUCAAAUCGUAUAAUUCGCGUGAAGCGUGAAUCAAAACAAAAUGCAGAAUUUGGUGCUUUAUUGUGUGGUGGAUCCGUGAGAACAGUCGUCACAGUUGUAACCGUGUCACCGCUAGAGGGCACCCCGCACUAACUGACCUCAAGGUCACAGUGUUCAUUAUUGUACAGAAACUGUAAAUGUCGAAUUAAAAGCUACCCGCUAGAAGUAGAAUUCUAGACGUUGAUAGUUUUGUUACUCUAUUGGAAGAUUAAAUGUUCCUAAUUGGAAUGUAUAUUUUAAAUAUAUUAGUUUUCUAUGAUUAUUGUAUUCAUAUUAUUUAUGUCCUGAACCAUUUAAGUUAGUGAAUAUGAAUUAUUUAAUGAUAUGAUAAUUUCUAUUAUAGUAAGAUAUAUUUAAAGCCACUCUUAUAAGUUCAGUUAGUUUUAAUUUCUAAUGCCGUUUCUAAAUCUCGUUAGGAUUAAUUAAGAUAAUGAUUAAAAUAUAAAUUAAUGAAUUGUUGAUUUUUAGAAAAAUUCUACUAAGUGAUAGGUCGAGGCGACGUCAGCAUCACUUGACAUAAAACAUUGUAAUAUAAAUCCUCAAAGGGUUUUACUUUGACGUAGAGUUUAUUGAAAAAAUUAUAAUAAUUGGCACUCGGCCCUGGUCUGUUGUUGAAGGUUUGGUAUAUGUGAAGAAGUAUCUGAAAUAGAGCCAAUGUUAAGAAGAUAUAAAGUGUUAGUGAGAGCUAUGUCCAUGAAGAGAUUCUGGUGUUUGUCUCACAGUAAAGCUAUACACUAUGUCUACACAUCUCGACCCAUCUCAAGCCAUCUACACAGAAACUUUUUGUUUGUUUAUUUAAUGACAAUUGUUGUCCAUCACUCACUAACGACAAACACAGUCGAGUCUUGUAUAGUUGUAAUACGUCUAGAUAAUUCAAACUGAACAUUUGUAUAGCGUAAUGUGUAAAUAUAAUUAAUAGAAAAGUUUUACAAUAAAUUAAUUUAAGUAGACGAGAACACUUAAAAUGUAAUAUAUUAUAUGAUAUGGGGACUAUCUAUGAAGUAUUUAAAACGUGAAACUUUAUGUAUACAUGGAUCGAAUAAGUUUGUUUUCAAAAUAAAAUAUUUAAUAUUUAA